AUGUUUGUGAUUUCUUUAUACCAUGUUUUUUUAUCAAGAAAUGAGGCGUUUAAUGGCGGUAUAGAUUUGCCCGAGAGUGCACGCGAGUGGGCCUGGAACAUUCACUUGGCGGUGCUUGGGGAAAAGCUUGCCCUUGUAGUGGACCGCACCCCGGUCAAGGGGAUUGCUCAUGUGUGGGUCAUGGAGGAAUAUGGGGAGGUGGGGUCGUGGAGGAAGCUGUACAAUGUUGAUACAAUGCCGGGAUUUUUUUUGUUCGUGGGGUUCACGGACAAUGGGAACAUAAUGGGCACCAUAGACGGUAACAAGCUUUAUUGUUAUGAUCCAGAUAAGGAUUUCUUGGACAAUCUGCCCACUCGUGGGGCCAUGGGCUCGUUCCACGUGGAGAUGUAUAUGGAGAGUUUGGUUCUGGUUGAUGGGGAGAGCGCGGUUUCCAGGUCGGUGGCCACUACCUGUGAAGGUGAAGAUUGGUGUCUGGUGAGUAUUUUGGGUAAAAUGUAG